GCUAACGUUUAGUACUAGUGUUUCGUUACCUUUAUCCUACAUCUCAUGCUUAGUACAGGGGUGCCUUUUGGCUGUUCCCUUUAACACGGUUGUCUGCAGCUAAUUCCAAAGAGGAAGUGCCCCCAUCGUUAAGCUUGGGAAGACGAGACUAACAUACUGCAGCGUUGAAAGAAGGACUUGUGCAAGUGGUAGAGUGGAGUCGGCUCGCGCUACUUAGACGGAGGCCGUUUGCCGGACGUAGCCAGUGGCCGCGCAGAUGUGGGGUUUGGCGUGCCAAUAGUCUAUAAGCGCUCGCACAGGUUAUGGAGUCAAUUAGUGCUGAACCUCUUCUUGGGGAGGGCAGCACUGAAGCAACAAAUACUUGUCUUGAUGAGCCCGCGACGGAUGCUUCCGGUCAUUUUCCUCUGGGAGAAGCACCAUCGAUGGCUAGCGCGCAGCCUGUGAGCAUAUUAACUUCAGAGUCAGCACCGCAAGCUGCCAUACCUAUUCAAUCCAGCUGCGUGGCUGCAGCUUUGCCAUGCUCGCAAGCCUGUGACAGGCCACCUUUGGAGCUGCCGCACGUGCAGGCGUUACCAAUCCCUGAUUUACACCCAGCUCUGGAGUUGCCUCGGCGUCCGUAUGAACCACUCCCUCCGGCUCGGCUUGUAGAGGUUGCUCGAACUGCUCUUCAAUCGGCGGGCCUCCGUUUGAGGCAGGCGCCCAGCAUAGGACAGACGGCACCACAACACGAGGGCGUGCGCGCUGUCGCCCAACCUGAUCGAGCAGCAGGAGUAGCUGUUGAUAUGGAGCGGAGCGGUACGCUUAAACGCGAGCAUCCGCCGGGUGGCGAUAACCCUGACGACACUGAGGGGGCCCCGGACAAGAAGCGCUUGCACAGCGAGCACGCCGGUGGCAAUCGGCCCCUCGAUGGACCGGUGCAGCAGCCGUGCAGUGCCGACGCCGUGGCCCAUCUGGCACCCGUGGGCAUCGCCCCCGCCACUGCGCAGCCGACCCACCAGCCGGCCGUUAAGCGGGAAGCGGGGCCGCUGCCUCCGUUAGCCCCUACCAGUACCAUUUCCCCAUUCGCUAGACCGCCUCUGAACCGGUUGAGCUUUGCUAGUACCGCGGACGGGUCCACCUCCGAACAUUUCCCCGCCAUUGCGGCGGUACCAUUAGACUCAGGGACUGCUCGUAUCAACGGCGCCGCGGCAAAGCCACUGUCAGUUGACUGGCAGCCGGGCUGCACCUUCACAACCGGCAAGCGCUCAGCACGCUCACCGGCGCUGAAAGGCGGUCGCAACCUCAGCCUAACACGGGCUCCUUCCACAGAAGGGGCGACAAGUCCCAUCUUGCGCUGUGCAUCGGGCUUGAACCCUCCAUCAUCUGCUUUCGCAAUACAAGCCGCCAGCAACGCCGGGGCUGCCGGGGCAGUACCAAGCUCAGUCCCCACCGGCACUUCUGCGGCUGCCGGGGCCGCCGUAGUGCCGCCAGCCGAGAGCGGGGCUCCCGCAUCUGCACCCCCCGGCCAGCCAUGGGCCGUUAGCGCUUCGCUGGAGACGAGCGCCUCCGCGGACCUGCGGCGUCUGGCUCAGCUGGCGGAGGCGGCCGCCAUGCUGGAGGAGCAGCAGGUAGCAGAUGGGCCCGUCGGCUCGGGCAAGGCGGCGGGUCUGCAUUGCCGUAUAGGGGCCGCAGAUGACAGCGGCAAGGGGGCUGGUGGUGCUGGAGCGAGCGGGAUGGCUGGUGCCGUUGACGGGAUCGAGCAGCCGGUGUUGCGGCCGCGCUCGGGUUCCUUUGUGGCAGGAAGUGGCUCGAUAGUUUCCGGCAACGUUGGAGCAGGGCCAUUCCGGGAUGCCGGUCGUCCGGCGUCACUGCUGCCCUUGGCUUCCGGUCCCGCAUCUUCACAUUCCCUGCGACCCACGGGAUCCAUUCAGCAACGGUUUUUGGAGUCGCAGUUUGGAAUGGGCGGGGCGGCAGCUCGCUGUCGGUCUUUUGGGCGCGAGGGCAGCCCGGAUGGUAUCGACGCGGACGGCACGGUGGGCAGCCCCCGCAGCUGCCACCACCCUGACAGCGAGGCCGUCAGCGCCGGCGGUAGCCAGGAAGAGGGGCUCCUCCGUGGCGAUGGGGACGAGGAAGGGGAUCAAGGAGACGGCAGCAACGACAGCGCGGGAGGGGGCAGCGCUUCCGGCGCGGGCGGUUUCGCAGGGAAGAGCUUAACGGAGCGGUAUCGGGCGGCGCUGAAGGCGUCCGCAGCACAGCAGCGCGGACGAGCGGCGGGGGGCAGCAGCGGCAGCUCCAGACAUGACUCGGAAAGACAGUCACGCACGGCUGUCCGCAACGGCGUGUGUGCGCGCAUAGCCAGCAUCACCAAGGAGCGGCUGCAGCAGGUCUACCACCUCAACAUCGAGGAGGCGGCGCGGGAGCUGGGCAUUGGCAUGACGAAGCUCAAGGAACACUGCCGUACUCUCGGUAUCCCGCGAUGGCCCUCCCGCAAGCUGAAGUCCAUGGACAAGCUGAUCGAGAGCCUAAAUGAGCGGGCUAUGACGGAGCCUGCGACCAAGGAGGUGAUCGCGGAUAUCCUCGCUGAAAUCGAGUCCUUCAAGCGCGCUAUCUACGAGAACCCCUGUCUGGAGGUGGAGGAGGACAUCAAGCGCCUGCGCCAGUCCAACUUCAAAAAGGAGUACCAGCAGCGCCAGGUGGAGCAGCGCAUGCGGGUGGGCUCGGUGGACCGCACGGUGGGGGGCCCGACAGCCAGUGGGAGAGCGCCCUCGGGAAGCGGCUCGCAGCUGCAGCAGGGCGGACUGCGGGAGGUCACGUCGGGCAGCUUGUCGGCGGCGGCCAUGGCGGCGGCCGCGGCUGUAGCAGCCGGACCGGCUGGAGCGCUGGGGCAGCCUGGCUUGCCGGGAAGCCUACCGGGUAGUUUAGCAGGAACACUACCUGGGAGCUUGACGGGGAGCUUGGCAGGCACGCUGCCGGGGGGCCUGCCUGGAAGCCUUCCCGGGGGCUUGCCAGGAAACUUGCCAAGCUUGCCGAGCCUUCCACCCGGAUUGCCGGCUAGCUUUGCAGCAGGGCUUGGGUCUGCGUUUGUAGCUGGGCAGAUGGCGGCGGCAGCUCCGACGGCCCCCGCCGGGUCGCAGCUGGUGCAGGCGCUCUCACAGGCACCGACGUCGCAGUUGCCAGGUGCACAACUGCCGCUCGCUUCCUCGCCGCAUCUACCGCCCCAGAUGCCGCUACUGGCGCCAGCGCAGUUGCAGCAGCUGCUGAUGUCGCAGCCCUCUGCCGCCACCCUGCAGCAGCUGAUGACUCAGCGUGCGCUGGGGAGCUUGCCACCUCCGGCGAUGCUGCUGCCUCCAGUAAUGCCUCAGCCGCUUCAACCACAGCAGCUAGGAAAGCCGGUGGGGACAGUUGCGGCAGUAGGGGAUGCGGCACCAGAGCAGGAGUAAGGCUUCCUAUGCGUGCGGAUGACGGAAGUGCAGUAGCGAGGGGCGGUGCGCUGGCGUGCGACCCAUGUUGGUCUUGUGCAGGCGCUACGCACAGCAACGGAUAACGCUACUAGUGGCAAGGUUUGAAUGCUACAAACGCCCCAUGCGCGUGCACGGACAUCCCCUAUGCCGAUGUCCGCUAGUAGGUGCUUCCGCGUUCUGGAAACUUCCAACAUCGUGCGAAUCUUUGUAGCCGGAGCGGAAUGCCGGGUGGUUAUGUCUGUUAAUGCAUGCGUGCGAAAGCUGGCCGCCUUGGUGCCGUAAUAGUGUAGCGCAGGGGCCGUUGGAACGUGGGUGUGGCGGCUCAGAGGUAGGUUUUGUCUACAGGACGGUUCUGAGGCGGCUAGCUCAUCUUAUAGGGCGUGCGACUUUGCAGCUAGGGAUUGGGCCUCCCUAUCCCGCGUUUCGCUUAGCCACUGUACUGAUGCAUUUGUGUAGUUGGGAAUACCGAGCAUACUGCGAGCUAAGGUGCAAAGAGAAUGGCGGGUAAGUUUUUGUGUUAAAGGCUGUAUUAAAUUUCUUCUUUUCCAGGCUUGUUUUGUUGAUAUCCGGUUUAUGCUCUGCAUCGUCAACUGUGGCUUGCGUUACUACUAUUAAAACCUACGCAGUGGUUACGGCGCCUGGGGCAGCGUGUACGGCAGCCCCUCCACUCCUUGCCUGGUGCAUUCUGAGAGGGGUUGUCGCUGCUCUAGGGCGGAUGAUAUAUGAACGCUUUGCCGGCGGCAGGUUGAUACGUGGACGCUCCAGGCUAAUGUGUCGAUACGCUAUCUCAGAUCGGCAAAUGGGCUCCAGCUUUAACCUUUGUGGAUUGCCGUGGGCGAUUUAAGCAUGCCAGGCGGCAUGCGGCACGGCAUGCAUCUUGGUAAUUAAUACGAUGGGUGACCCGACGUGUGUGGGGCUGACGGUGUGUGUACGAAUGGGGACAAGGACUUUAACUGUGUA